AGCCCUGGGGCAGGGAGCUGGCCGUGCCAAUGAAGUAUCCUGGGCGGCAGGGGCUGCGGCGCGCCGUGCCUAGGGGAAGGGGCUGCGGCGGUGCGAUCAGCGCAGCCAGCUGACUGCCAGCCGCGCUAGCUCCGCCUCUGAGCAGCCGCCGGAGCUGAAGCAGGAAAGCGGGUCCGGAAGCGGAAAGACGCGAGGCCCAGGCGUGGAAGCGGCCGGGCGGUCCCCGGCGGGGUGAGGGCUGGAGAUGAGCGCGGAGCUGCUCACGCUAGACGGCCUCGUCCACGUCUUCUCCUACCUGGAGGCACCGGAUCUGCUCCGCGCCGCGCGGGUCAACCAGGCAUGGAACGAAGCCGCAGGCACAACUUCCCUAUGGCGAAGGCUGUGCCUAGAUCAUUGGACCUUUUGCAAUAUUUCCAACCUGACUCCAGGUAUGCAGACAUGGAAACAGUACUAUCUCCACCGCUCCAAACUUGAGCAUGAAAUGGCAUCAGGUCGGCCAUCAGCUGAUUAUAUAUGUCGGUCCAUGAGAGGGCAUAAAGGUAAAAUAGUUGGUAUGGCUUAUCUCUCAGACAACGAGCACGUGUUUGGUGGUGGAAAGCUGAGGUCUGUGGUUUGCACUGCAUCUACGGAUGGCACUAUCCGAGCAUGGCAGGUCCAAGAGGGUACACAGAUAUGGUCAAGUCCAUCCCAGGAAGUGCCAUUUAGAAAGGUUAUUACUGUCCCAGAGUACAAACUAGCCAUCAGCACAGACGCCCGUGGAACCAUCAAAGUGUGGCAUGGAGAAAGUGGGGAAGAGCUUGCUGCAUUCUCCACAUCAUCAUCCUCAUCCAGUUUGGUUACCUACUCAGUGAACAACAAGCCCUUCCUCACUGCAUCCACUGCAGGAGGUGUUAUCUAUACGCUAGAAGUUCCUAAUCUAAAUCAGGUUUCAUGUAUUACAGCAUUUCAAAACUCUAGCAUUGAUUUAUUACUUUGUUCACCAGAUGAGCAAUGGCUAGUUGCUGGAUCUACGGAGAAUGCAGAUACAUCUCCAAAGAUAUUUUAUACAGAUUGCUUGAUUAACCCAGCAGAUGAAUCACCUGUAUCUGGUUCGCUGCCUGUCAACAAUUGUGCUGUAGCCUGCUGGUUACCAAAAGCACCAGCAAGAAUAGCAGUAAUGCAGCAAGAUCGCAUGUCAGUUCAAAGGAUCAUCACAGUGUUUGAUCUAGCUGUCAAAAAGUCUAAAUAUAAAAUGGAAGUUCUAGCUCAACAGGUUGCAAGUUUUACACUACCAGAAAGAACUUGGACCACACCAGUUAUGAAAGGACAUGGAACAGAAACAAUUCUUCUAGGAUGUGGAUCAAACUUGGAACUAUAUUCAAUUUUUGGGACUCAAUUAGAAGCUUUCCAGCAUCACAAUAAUACAAUCACUUCGAUCUGGGUGGAUGCUUUUCGUGUUAUCACAUCAUCUUUCGAUCUCUCACUCCGUGUGUACACAUGGAAAAAAGUAAACAAAAUCUCUUCACUGACAAGUCGCUAUUACUUACUAGGGGGAACCCACAGAUGGUCAAGGGGCUUUACGGAUGUGGCGUGUGACAACAUCAGCAUCGUAGGGGCUCUCGAGACUUCACCUCUGGAUAGACAGCAAGAUGCAGAGCAAGAAAGGGAGAGAGACUUAGAAUUUACUGUUCCUGACUAGAACUAGGGUGGCACUACAAGAGCAGUGCAAUAUAGAAUUGAUGACUUCCUCUUCCCCAAACCAGAUGAAAGAAUUACAUAGAGAAUUUUUGUAUUUUGGAAGUUUAGCAAAUACAACUUCCAGAAAAUGACAACCACAUUUUAAAAUAUCUCAAGAAGUUUUAUAGCAAAUGUCUUUAUGUAUGUUUAUGAAAUGCAGGCAGACUAAGAACUCAAUGUAAGAACAAAAUUCAAGUUCUAAAAAAAGAAUAACGAAGUGUUUGGACUUUCAAUUUGUAUUUGUACAGUUAUUUGCCUGAGCUUGAGAUGCACAAGUAGUAAAUACCUACAGUAUAAGCAGUCACACCUGUAAGUUUUGCAUUCUAUAGUCAACUUGUGAUUGUCACAUUUAGUUAUAGUGUAUUUUAAAUUAACUGAAAUAAGUGAAAUACAAGUUCCACAGGUCUUAAUCUUCACAACUAUAGAAGUGAACAAGCAUGGUACUGUACUGAAUAAGCAAGAUAAAAUGGAUUAAUUUAUAUUUUUAUGUAGGACCAACGGGGUGCAAUGGGCAAGUUUACUGCUCAUUACUCUGCUCCAAUGGGAGUUGCCUGUGGUCAUCAGGUGCUGUUUCUCCCCUGCAUAUAACUUCACCAGGUGAUGAUCCAGGACAAUCCACCAAAAUCUCAGACCUCCCCAUUCCAGCUGCAAUAGUCAGCAGAAGUGAAUUCAGGGCAUCCUAGUCUCCACCAGACCAGCAGGAUUCCCUCUAGAGCAGAGUUCUAAGCUUCCAAUCUGGGCUUUAAUUUCAGUCCCAGAUCUCCUCUAGAGCAGCAGCUCUACAAUACAUUAAAACCUCAGAGUUAAACGCCAGAGUUGAACUAACCAGUCACCCACACCCCUCAUUUGCACAGUUCUGGUUCCAAUCAGGCAGCAGCAGAGGGGGGGGAAAGCAAAUACAAUGCAGUACUGUGUUAAACGUAAACU